AGGAGGCAGUUUUCUAUUUGGAAGGCAGCGCACCGUCCCGAGGUAACCAGAAUCCAACGGCACCGAGGCGCGAUCAACCCGAGCUUGGAUAAAACGUAAAGGGGAAGAACGCAAACCGGCAGUGGCAGCUAAAGAGAAGCACUGACACUAUUUGAAAUCGGGAGAGAGCGAGGUUGCGAGAUUGCAGUCAACGGGGUCGCGUUGUAUAAGCUUAUUCUGUCAAUUGAACAGAUGUUGGGUUAUUUGAAUAGCACGCAGUCUGGCUAUGUGAAUAGUAGCCUAUUGCUAAAUUAACCUGGACGGACAACAGAAAGAAGGCGUUGCACCGGUGUUCGUGUGUUUAUACACACCUAUAAUAGAGAAGUUCUCAACAUCCGAACAUCUGGAUUUCUGAAGCGAAUACACCUGUCCUGUAUAGAAGCGUGAACGCCUUUAGAUGAAAACCUUUCAGGUGAAAUGUUGAAGGAUCUCAGGAUACAUUUGGAAUCAUCUUUGGACCCUUGAAAAGGAAACCUUCGCUUUUACUCAUUUAUAUAUGCUAUUGAUUUAUAUCCAGAAUUCUCAUUCAAUUGUCUAAAACAGGACUACAUUUAACAAAUAGAAUAGGCUAUAAAUUGUAUCAUUAUUAUUAUUAGGACUGGACUUUGCAAGACAAGGACUUUACUCAGUCGACUGUCUAGCUAGCUGACUCACUGUGAAAAAUAGACUCGCCAGCUGGAACCAAUAACCAACUGUACAAAGUGACACAUUUGGAUACUUGCCGGUGCUCUACACUAGCCUACGUGCCUGUGUGUGUCUUUACCGUGGGGGAUACACCAACCGGACUACGGUAGCGCGAGCUGUCCACGAGCGGGCGGCCGUCCCCGCACGCCUGCAUAAUAAAUGCCCAUCAGCCGGUCGUGCGAGGCUCUCGAGGCUGGGCGGCAAGAUGAACUCGUGGGUCCUGCUGCUGGCGUCGCUCGCCGCGGGGUGUCUGCGGUUUGGUAGCGCUGAGGGAGAUCCUCUCCCACCAUCGUUAGUAGAGCUGGUGAGAACCAGUCCUAUCUCUUCUAUAGAGGACCUGCAACAGCUGCUGGAGCAAGAGACUGACUCCCAGGAGGUGGAGCCAGAUGAACCAUCGGCCAAUGAGAUUCAUUCAAAUGACACCCAUGGAAGAUACAGGAGAAACCUAGAUGCCCAGCCAGCCCAGCAGGCGGUGUGUAAGGUCAGGACAGAGGUCAUGGAGGUCACCAGAGCCAUGCUUGACCGACGCAACGCCAACUUCCUGUUGUGGCCGCCGUGUGUGUGGAGGUGCAAGCGCUGCUCUGGCUGCUGUAACACCAGAAUGCUACAGUGCGUCCCCAUGGUGACUCAGACACGAUAUCUACAGUGGGACCACGCCUCCUGCCGCUGCCAGACACACCCCUCGGCCACAGCUGCAGCCAGGUCCACCUCCCUCCCCCUCCUUCCCCCGACUCACCCCCAAACCUCCCUCCCUCUCGAAGACCUCCAUCGCCAUGACGACAUGAAGGCCAAUCAGAGGUUCCAUGUGGAUGACAGGGGGCAGCUGGGAGACAGUGGCAGACAAACCAUCAUCAUCCUCACCAUCGUCAGUCUCGAACACAAACCACCACCACACAAAGACCAGACCACAUUGCCCCCACGUUGUCCUCCAGCAGGGCCCCAGGGUGGUCCCCCCAGCCCCCGUCCCCCCCCCCAAAGCCCCCAGGGCCCGUUCAGACCCGGCCCUUCCCGCGGACGCAGGAGGAGGAAACAUCGGAGCCGCAUCAGCAAGGCUGCCCUCCGAAUCAUGAUCAUGUAGAGAGAGAUGGCAACUGGGUCGACUGUGUCUACCGGGCUCACCCAGGGUCGUGUUCAUUAGGCACCAAACGGAAGAAAACGGACUGAAACAGGGACACACACACAACAUGGAAUGAACCCUAAUUUCCUGUUUUUUAAAACGUUGUGUGCCCUAAUGAAUACUGAGGGAUACUGCCUGGCUAUGGAACCUCAGGAUGGACACUGGAGACUGGGCAGCAUUCUGGACUCUACUGCUGGCUAACAGACAUUACUGCAGGCUGUGU